AUGGAGACCCUGCUUGGUGGCCUGCUGGCGUUUGGCAUGGCGUUUGCCGUGGUCGACGCCUGCCCCAAGUAUUGCGUCUGCCAGAACCUGUCUGAGUCACUGGGGACCCUGUGCCCCUCUAAGGGGCUCCUCUUCGUGCCCCCCGACAUCGACCGGCGGACGGUGGAGCUGCGCCUGGGCGGCAACUUCAUCAUCCACAUCGGCCGCCAGGACUUCGCCAACAUGACCGGGCUGGUGGACCUGACCCUGUCCAGGAACACCAUCAGCCACAUCCAGCCCUUCUCCUUCCUGGACCUCGAGAGCCUGCGCUCCCUGCACCUCGACAGCAACCGGCUGCCAGGCCUCGGCGAGGACACGCUGCGCGGGCUCGUCAACCUGCAGCACCUCAUCGUCAACAACAACCAGCUGGGCGCCAUCGCCGACGACGCCUUCGAGGACUUCCUGCUCACGCUGGAGGACCUGGACCUGUCCUACAACAACCUGCACGGCCUGCCCUGGGGCUCCGUGCGGCGCAUGCUCAACCUCCACCAGCUCAGCCUGGACCACAACCUGCUGGACCACAUCGCCGAGGGCACCUUCGCCGACCUGCAGAAACUGGCCCGCCUGGACCUCACCUCCAACCGGCUGCACAAGCUGCCCCCGGACGCCAUCUUCGCCCGCUCCCAGGCCUCCGCCCUGACCGCCACGCCCUUCGCCCCGCCGCUGUCCUUUAGCUUCGGCGGGAACCCGCUGCAUUGCAACUGUGAGCUUCUCUGGCUGCGGAGACUGGAGCGCGAGGACGACCUGGAGACCUGCGGCUCCCCGGGGGGCCUCAAGGGGCGCUACUUCUGGCACGUGCGGGAGGAGGAGUUCGUGUGCGAGCCGCCGCUCGUCACCCAGCACACGCACAAGCUGCUGGUUCUGGAGGGCCAGGCGGCCACGCUCAAGUGCAAGGCCAUCGGGGACCCCAGCCCCCUCAUCCACUGGGUGGCCCCCGAUGACCGCCUGGUGGGGAACUCGUCCAGGACCGCCGUGUAUGAUAACGGCACGCUGGACAUCCUCAUCACCACGUCUCAGGACAGCGGCGCCUUCACCUGCAUCGCGGCCAACGCCGCCGGGGAGGCCACCGCCACGGUGGAGGUCUCGGUGGUCCAGCUACCGCACCUCAGCAACAGCACCAGCCGCUCCGCACCCCCCAAGUCCCGCCUCUCGGACAUCACCGGCUCCAGCAAGACGGGCCGGGGAGGCGGAGGCAGCGGGGGCGGGGAGCCCCCCAAAAGCCCCCCAGAACGAGCCGUGCUCGUGUCCGAUGUGACCACCACCUCUGCCCUGGUCAAGUGGUCGGUCAGCAAGUCGGCGCCGCGGGUGAAGAUGUACCAGCUGCAGUACAACUGCUCGGACGACGAGGUACUGAUCUACAGGAUGAUCCCAGCCUCCAACAAGGCCUUCUUGGUCAACAACCUGGUGUCGGGGACUGGCUAUGACUUGUGCGUGCUGGCCAUGUGGGACGACACGGCCACGACGCUCACAGCCACCAACAUCGUGGGAUGCGCCCAGUUCUUCACCAAGGCCGACUACACGCAGUGCCAGUCUAUGCACAGCCAGAUCCUGGGCGGCACCAUGAUCCUGGUCAUCGGGGGCAUCAUUGUGGCCACGCUGCUCGUCUUCAUCGUCAUCCUCAUGGUGCGCUACAAGGUCUGCAACCAGGAGGUCCCCGGCAAGAUGGCCGCGGCCGCCGUGAGCAACACGUACUCACAGACCAAUGGGUCCCAGCCGCCGCCUCUGGCCAGUGCACCUGCUGCGCAGCUGCUCCAGGGGCCGCCCAAGGUGGUGGUGCGGAACGAGCUCGCCGACUUCACCGCCAGCCUGGUUCGAGGCACGGACUCUUCUUCCUCCAGCUCCCUGGGCAGCGGGGAGGCGGCGGGGCUGGGCCGGGGCCCCUGGAGGCUCCCUCCUCCUGCCACCCGCCCCAAGCCCAACAUUGAUCGGCUGAUGGGAGCUUUUGCCUCCCUGGACCUCAAGAGUCAGAGAAAGGAGGAGCUGCUUGACUCUAGGACUCCAGCCGGGAGAGGGUCUGGGACACCGGCCAGGGGCCACCACUCGGACCGAGAGCCACUGCUGGGGCCACCGGCAGCCCGCGCCAGGAGCCUGCUCCCUCUGCCCCUGGAGGGCAAGACCAAGCGCAGCCACUCCUUUGACAUGGGGGACUUUGCAGCUGCUGCCGUGGCUGCGGGAGGGGGCGCCCCCGGCGGCUACAGUCCCCCUCGGAGGGUCUCGAACAUUUGGACCAAGCGCAGCCUCUCCGUCAAUGGCAUGCUGCUGCCCUUUGAGGAGAGUGACCUGCUGGGGGCCCGGGGCACUUUCGGCAGCUCCGAGUGGGUGAUGGAGAGCACAGUGUAG